UUUUAUAACCUCAAAAAAGUGACAUUUAAAAUAAUGGACGGCAGGAAAAAGUGCUAAGUUAGAGUGAAAAAUUGUUUAUAAUUCGUGAUUUACGAUUAAUACAACCUGAACGAUCAAGUUUUGGAAAGUUUUUUUUCCAAAAUACAGUGUACAGUGAUGUGCUAUGUUAUUGGAACUUAAAAUGAGUGAAUGGUGCUCAGUUUAAAAGAAAAAUUAACAUGAGUUCGAAGUCGCCGCGCAAAGGGCGGAGAGGAAGACCGAGGAAGUGUAAAGAUAAUGACAGCAAUGAAGAUUCGCAAGUGUUUGUUUUGCCACCGGAAUUGUUAGAAAAGUUGGGAAUAAAUCUGUGUGCCAUACAGGAUGAUGGUGAAGGCUCCUCAUCUCACUCUAAACACAAAGAAAAAAGAAAAGCUAAGAAACCAUUAUACAAUAACAAUCCAAAUGAAUCCCCACAGAAAAAUUUAAAAAAUACUAAAGAGAUUGAGAACUCUCCAUUGAAAAUAGAAGAAACAUCCAUGCUAGAAACAGCUAAUCUAAUGAAACAAUCUGUAUUUCUUAGUCCAACAUUUAUCUCAGAGGUUUGUACGAGAAGUACAUCAUCUUCUUCAGAAAAAAGUAAAGUAAAGAAAACAAUAUGCAAUGGAAAUUCAAAGGAAUCCCCACAGAAAAAAGUCAAGUGUGUUAAAGAGAUUGAGAACACCAUAUCUCAAACAGAAGAAACUUCAAUGUUAGAAACAGCUAAUUUAAUGAAACAAUCAGUAUUUCUUAGUCCAACAUUUAUCCCAGAAAUUUCUGCCACUAGUACCGUUAACGCUGAAAUUGAAUUUUCAUGUCCCAUCAAAGAACAAAAUAAACAUACUAAUUCAAUUAGUAUAAAUCAUAGUGCAGAAGAUAACACAAAAGAAAAUAAUAAAAUAUCCAGUAAUUCAACAGAUUCACUACAGCCAACACAAAGUGGAAAAACUGAAAGAAAGAAAAGAAAGGAUAGAAAUUGUAAGGAAACAUUUAAAAAUAUCAAUGAUGGAAUAAAACUGAAUAUAUGUGAAACAGAUAUAAAAUAUCAGGAACCAAUAGACUCAUUUAAAGAUAAAAAAGUAGUAAUUAAUCAAAUUUCAGAUUUACAGAAUAUAAACGUUGAGAAUGCUUGUUUUGGAAGAGAAGAGGUAUCAACUGUUCGACUAUUAAACUCUGAAAAUAAUGAACUCCCUAUUCCAAACAAGAUCUCUGAGGAAUGUCAAGUAAUUUCUGAAGGAGAAGCAACUGUAAAUAAUGGUGGUGGAAUAUUUGCGUCGGAAAUAGAUCAAAUUGAAAACACAAUCUUCACUUCUGAUGGACAAAUAACUUGUCAAUAUACAAAUGAAAUUGCAGAAAAUGACAAUAUGGACCAAAAUUUGGAACCAGUACCAUCAAUACAACACUACGACAAAAACUGCCCGAGUAGCAAUGAUAUUAUUACUCCUGAACAAUGUAACUCGCAUAUUUCGGAUGACGAUCACCUUGAUGAAGCUUAUAUGUCUGACUGUAGCAAUAGCAAUAUAGGACCUGGUUUAAUAUUGGACAUUGUUAAUAAUUUAGCUGAAUCUGCAUUUGAUGAGGUUGUAACUGAUGUUGAGAAUAAAGUGAACAUACUGUCUGAAGAAAUAAUAGACGAGACUCGAUUCAAUGAACUUGUUCAAAAUACCCUAUUUUCCCCUAAAAGAGACCUGGUUCCUGUAUCUAUAAAUGAUAUUGUAAAACUAAACCAAAAAUACUGUACUUAUGAAUCUGAUUUUGACAGUAAUGCAUCUCAGAAUUCUACAGUGACAUAUUCAAACACAGAAGAAGUUCCAGAAAACCACAUUGCAAAUACAACAAGUUUUGUUGUAACUCCUGAAAUGAUAAAUAAUGCCGAAGAUAUGGUAUUGCAAGAUAUGUAUUUUUCCCAUUCCGAGUGUAAAAUCAAUGAUGAGAUUGAAGCUGCUGAUAAACAAGUGCUUAUUGAGUUUAUUGAUGAAACCGGUAUAGUCAUAGAGCAGCCUGCCGAUUAUACCCCAAGCCAUGAAACUGUUCCCAAGGAAGGAUUUGUUGAAAUUGACAGUAAAUUUAAUUAUGUUAAUAAUGAUGUAAAUGUUGUAUGUAAUGAAAAAAGUGAAGCACACUAUACAAAUAAGAGUAUAGAAGAGGAUAAAGUUGUUGAUAUAAACAUGGAAAGUAACCAACAUCAUCAUACCGAUUAUAGGUCCAACACUCAUGGAACAACUCAAAAAAAUAUCCAAACAAUAAAACCACAACAAUCGAACAUUAACGCUGAAAAUUUCAAGAUUGAUGCUGUUGAUCUGUUGGUAAAAUACAAAGAGAAUGAAAGUGAAAAUAGCAAUAUAGAAAAGACGUUAGUAGAUCCUGUACAUAUCGAUGUAAAAAAUAAUGAGAAUUUUUCUUCACAGUUAAAUAAAGAUGAAUCACAUAGUCAAUAUGAUGUAAACCAUGAUUUAGUAAAUGAAUUGAAGUUGAAAGAUGAUUAUAAAAUGAUGGAUUCAGUAGAAAACGAAGUUAAAGUAUUACUUUCAGUAACUAAAUGUUUGCCUACCGUUGAAAAUACAGAUGAAAGGGAAAAACAAGAAAGUGAAGUUCUGUUUAAGAUAAAUAAGGUUAUCCCUGCCAUUGAAAAUGCGUCUGGAAAAGAAAAAGAACAAAGUGAUAACAAGAAUACAGAUCAACUUCAAGAAAUUGCCUUUUAUUUAGAAAAAUGUGCCCAUAUUUUAACUAAAAGAAGAAAGAGUAAUACACGUUUGCACAAUCACAAAUACAAGAAAACUACGGAGAAGAAAAUACGUAACAUCGUGAAGUCAAAUUGUAAUGAGGAAGGUGUGGAAAAGCCAGGUGGAGUUCAGACAGAAAAUAAGAAAUGGAACGAAACAGUAACAAAAGAACAACAUAACAUUAAAACAUACUCACGUUCAUUAAAACGUCCUCGCACUGUAACCAUUUAUAGCUGUGCAACUGAAUCAAAUAAUGAUGAAUUAAAAGCGAAUUUGUUAAAUGUUACCAAUAAAGCUGAAGAUACUACUUCACAAGAAUUUUGUAUGUGUAAUGACUUUGGAAGAAUAACGCCGGCUAUGGAUUUCCGUGCAAUGGACUUACACAUUCAUUUUCAAGAUAAAAUGUCCAUUGAAUUUAAUGAUAUAUUCACUGAGUUGGACUACGUAGAAUAUAUUGAAAAAAGUCUCGCUCUUGAAUUUGAUACAAAUGUGGAAACAAGUGUCACUCUUUCCGAGACUAAUAGUGGCACUUGUUGGAAUGCUACUGGAAACCAAAUACUGAACAUAGAAAGUGAUAAUGGAGAUACCACAGAAUUAAGACAAAUAUCUGAAAAUCCGGGAUCAUCAAAGGAAAAAAGACCGCCUACUCAGAAUGCUGAAGUAAUUAUGGUUGAUGAUUCAGAGAUUCAUAGAACUAAUCAAGAUAAAAUGAACCCUGUAGAAGUGGAAAUAGCUUCAAUAUCCACACCUUCUUCUCAGGCAACACUAAGUGAUAAUUUUGAGGUGGGACUUGCUGAGGAACAAAGUAAAAAUGAAGUGCCAGGAUGCUCCACUUCCAAACCCAUAUCAUUAAACAUUCAUGUUGAUGCGAAAACCAACACACAAAAAAUGAAGCGGAAGAAGUCCGAUGUCGUAGAAAAUACAAAUUUAGUAAUUGAAUCAUCAAGAAGGAAUUUAAAUUAUCUCUGUGGGGCUUGCCAUGAGAGUGUUGAGAGUACGAAGUGGUUGGAACAUGUGGAGAGUCAUAAUUACAUCGCGUGGAAAGAUGGCGAUCCACCACUUGAUCCAAAGCGUGAUGGAGAUGUACGGGAUCAUUUAGAAAGGAUUUUACAGCAAUACGGAUGGUUAAAGUGUAUAAAAUGUGGACUGAAAGAAACUAAACUCACAGUGUUCAUCAAGCACGUAAAAAAAUGUAAAUCAACUGAUUCACCAGUUGUUGUUCGUAAGUCUGAAUCCAAGCCGCCCCGACUCAGCAGCGACAGCGACGAUGUGCCACUUGCUAAAAGAGCUCGGAAGUCUGUGAUUCCAAUUGAACGUGGCGCCGAUGUGGAUAAUGACCAAGCACAAACACCACAGCUGUCCACUGAGAGCAUAAAUGAAACAAACAAUGAACAACCUAAAGCUAAAAAGAGAGGUCGACCCAGGAAGAUAGUCAAUGAAAGUGAACAAAAUGGUGACGUUAUUCCAUGUUCCAAUAAUAUUGAAGCGAAAGAAAAUGAGGACAAUGAACAUGAAAUAGUAGAUGAAAGCCCUAAAGUUAAAAAAAGGGGUCGACCCAAGAAAAUACCAGAUGAAAGUCUAGAAAAUAAUGACGUUAGUAAAAGUUCCGAAAAACAUUUCAACGAAGAUGAGCACGAUAAGUCCCAACGAACGACACGUCUGUCCACUGCCAGUAAAGAUGAAACAGUCAAUGAAACCCCUAAGGUAAGAAAGAGAGGUCGCCCCAAGACUAAACCACUGAAUGAAAGCGAAGACUGUGUUAGCCCCAAUGAAGAUGAUCAUGAUAAGCAGACCAAGUCUCGACGAACUUCACGAUUGUCAACUAUCAGUAAAGAUGGAACAGACAACGAAACACCUAAAGCCAAAAAGAGAGGUCGCAAGUCGCAUCAACCCAAAGAAAAUAAUGAUAAUAUCGUAGGUAAUACAAGUGAACCUAGUAAAUCUGUAGAAAAACCAAAUGUAUUAGAAUGUGGCGUAUGUCACAAGGAAAUGAAUAAAAUUGAAUGGAUCGACCACAUAAUGACAGAACAUAACUACCUAGCCUGGAAGGCUGGCAAAAAGCCUUUGGACUUAGAAGACACCACCGCGGUGCAAGAUCACUUGAUUGCUAUUUCGCACCGAAAAAAUGGUUUGAAGUGUCACAAAUGUGGAAUGAUUCGAAAAUAUCCCAAGGCCUAUUUGCAGCAUGUUCAAAAUUGUGAUGGCAAAUAUCUGAACAUUUCUUCGGUAGCCUUGAACACAAGUGUAGCUGAUGAUUCCAUAGAAAUUAAAACUGAAGCAGUGGAUGUGAAUUCGGUCGUGUGUGGAGUGUGUGGUGACGUCAUAAAGCGAACUAAAUGGCACGAGCAUGCUAUGAGCAAACAUUACAACAUCGCCUGGGUUGUCGGAGGAGUGCCUUUCGAUCAGAGAAACCCUUUUGCAGCUGAGCGCGCGCUGAAAGAGUAUAAACAGCGGUACAAAGCAUUCGUUUGCAAAGUCUGUGGCGCCGGCCGCGCUUCUGCCGUCGGGUUUUACGCUCACAUACUGGUUUGUGGGAAGACUGAAGAGGAAGUAGACAAAUUCAAAGACACAUGUGACGUGUGCAACCAGAAGUACCUGUGCAUAUACCGGCAGCAGCACAUGAUGGUUCACAGGGAGAAGGAGUUGUCGAUCGAACGCAGGAAGCUGCAGCAGGAAUUAGCGGAGAAAGCGGCGUUGGAGGCAAACGAACCGCCGCCCGACCCGUCCGGCCGGCGGAGAGCCGCACAGAAAGCCAGAACAGUCAUAGAGAACUACAACAAUGAAAAAGGUCAAUACCAGUUCAACUGUCAAACCUGCGAGUACGCAACAGACGUGCAGCUCGAGAUGGAAGACCACAUCUGUCGGGGACUCUCCAGCGAUGACGAAGUCUGCCCCGACUCUAAUGAAGAGGAGACGGAUGACUCUGAAGUGGAUAGUGGCUUGUCGGAGAGGGAGCAGAAUCUAGAAGAGGCUGUGAGGAAGAAGAAGAAGAAGAAAAAGAAGUCUUGUGAUCCAGGAUCUCGAUACAAGGGUUUGCAGGUCCCAUUCAAGAUCCGAGAUCCACAGUCUUAUAUACGGCAGUCAGAUACAGAUUUCAUCCAGCUCCAUUACACAACGGAGCGCCUGUUCCCUGAGUGGACGCAAUGCACCUAUGAACCAGUACCUGAAGACGAGAUAGCAAAUUACAUGCCGCUCUUGAAGGAAUCCUGCAAAUUAAAGAUCGAAAAAUAUGAAUGGGAGACUCUCAAGACAUUUGAGGCUAAGAGUGGUAGUAAAGUGACCCGCCUCUUCACGGGCUGCGUCCCCCACCAGCUGGCGUGGGCGCCGCCGCGGUACCUCACCCCGCACGCGGCCGCAGACAGCAACUACCUCGCCAUCGCCUGCCACCGCGGCACGGACCUACCGCGGUAUGCGGCCGACUCAAGCCACGAGCAUGCGGAUACUGUGCAGCUGUGGGACUUUGGGACUUUUAGUGGCGUUCCGAAACUAUCCUACAUCAUCGCUCACGACCACGGCGUAGUUUGGUCCAUGGCGUGGUGCCCCUCAGGGGCGCGGGACGGCUCUACUACUGAUACAAACGAGACUGAACAGGAGGAAAGUACACCUAGUGAAGACUCUGAAGCUUUAAAAAUACCAGACGCCUUGCCAGACGACACGAAAGAAGCUACAGGAGAAAGUCUAUCGGAAAAAACAAAAGAAACUACAGAUAAACAAAAAACUGAAGACAAUAAGGAGCACGCAAGACUUGGCCUUUUAGCCGUGGCCUGCUCUAACGGACGCGCCUACAUUUACUCUGUGCCGGACCCAGCGACUAUGCCUGUGAUAGAUAAGUUAUUUUAUAAGUUGAAACCGGUCGCCGAGCUCCGCCUGCACAGCAACAACAACGGGGAGGCGCGUCAGUGUAGCUCCAUCGCGUGGUCUUCGCAAAAGGGCCACAACACCAUAUCAACCGGGUACACUGACGGCACCGUGGCGCUUUUCAACCUGGCUUCCAAAUCUCCGCUAGCGACCAGCGAGGAGGACGGGGUGACUGUCUACUACCCGUACCACGAUGAGAGGACGCAUAGCAAUUGUGUCACUGGAGUCAGCAUAUUCCCUAGCGCCGACACCUCAGCGGACGUGGGCGUGCUAUUCUCCGCCUCCCUGACUGGGGCGUCGCUGGUGGCGGCGGGGCGCGCGGGGGGCAGCGUGGGGCGCGGGGUGCCCGGCGCCGCCGCCUUCCAGCCGCACUGGCCCGCCGCCAUGAUGCCCGACGACGCUCUGUCAAUAAGCGAAUUCGACUGGCUGGGCGGUUCCCGUCGGCUGGGCGCGUCGCGGCUGCUGGCGGGCUGCGCGCGCUGCGGGCUGCUGGCCUCCUCGCAGCCGCCCGUGCUGCGGACCUUCACCGCGCACCCCGUCUGCAAGGAGAUCACCAAGACUAAUUACCUACUAAUAGACAUGGUGCCGCUAAGCGGUAAGAAGAAGACUAAAGCCAACACGGAGACGGAGAUGCAGGUGGAGCCGCUAGACUACGGCGAGGCGGUGGCCCAGUACGGGCUGCAAGUCAACUUCAUGAAGAGGAGGGAGGUCCUAAGCAGCCUAUCCGAGCCUCGUCCGGAGCGGUUCCCUCUGUCGGACGUGCUCGGGCUGGCGUUCUGCCCGGCGGUGCGGCUGCACCACGCGCUGGCCGCCGCCACGCACGCCGGCCUCGUGCUGCUCACGCACGCCGCGUGACCACUGCCGCCGGGGGGGAGGUAGGAGGAGGGGGGAGGGUAUAGUACCUAGGCAAGU